CUCUCUGACAAUACAGGCUAGAAAUUAGAAUUGGGAUUUUCUGAACCCUAAAUCCUUCCGUUACUGUGUUCACGUAGCUAUGGCGAAGAACAGAAACAAGAAGAAAAACGGCCUAGCUGCCAUGGAUGUUUCCACUGACCAGACGGUAAUGGAUGCCCAAGCGAUGGAUACUUCAGAAUCAGCUGCUCCAAAACCACAUAUAGGUGGAUCACUUAGAAAGACGAAGGGAGUACAAAUGAAAAGGACGAAGAAUGUCAGGAAAAAGAAGGCCAUGGCAAAGGCUAUUUCAAAAAGUGAGAAAUUGGAGGAAAGAAUCACUAGGAGUGAAAGCAAGAUAGAGAGAACUAAAAAUGCCAAACAGUUAUACGAAUGAAUGGCUGAAUGAUAUAUUUUUUCCCUUUUCUGAUUACUUAUGAAAGAAAUGAUUUUGGUUUGUUUA